AUGACGGGGAAAGCGGGGGAAGCGCUGAGCAAGCCCAAGUCUGAGACAGUGGCCAAGAGUACCUCGGGGGGCGCCCCGGCCAGGUGCACCGGGUUCGGCAUCCAGGAGAUCCUGGGCUUGAACAAGGAGCCCCCCAGCUCCCACCCGCGGGCUGCCCUCGACGGCCUCGCCCCUGGGCACUUGCUGGCAGCGCGCUCAGUGCUCAGUCCCGCAGGAGUGGGUGGCAUGGGGCUGCUGGGGCCCGGGGGGCUCCCCGGCUUCUACGCGCAGCCCACCUUCCUGGAAGUGCUGUCCGACCCGCAGAGCGUCCACUUGCAGCCACUGGGCAGAGCAUCGGGGCCGCUGGACACCAGCCAGACGGCCAGCUCGGAUUCUGAAGAUGUUUCCUCCAGUGAUCGAAAAAUGUCCAAAUCGGCUUUAAACCAGACCAAGAAACGGAAGAAGCGGCGACACAGGACAAUCUUUACCUCCUACCAGCUCGAGGAGCUGGAGAAGGCGUUCAACGAGGCCCACUACCCAGACGUCUAUGCCCGGGAGAUGCUGGCCAUGAAAACGGAGCUGCCGGAAGACAGGAUACAGGUUUGGUUCCAGAACCGCAGAGCCAAGUGGAGGAAGCGGGAGAAGUGCUGGGGCCGGAGCAGCGUCAUGGCGGAGUACGGGCUCUACGGCGCCAUGGUGCGGCACUCCAUCCCCCUGCCCGAGUCCAUCCUCAAGUCUGCCAAGGAUGGCAUCAUGGACUCCUGUGCCCCGUGGCUACUGGGGAUGCACAAAAAGUCGCUGGAGGCGGCAGCCGAGUCGGGGAGGAAGCCCGAGGUGGAACGCCAGGCCCUGCCCAAGCUGGACAAGGUGGAGCAGGAGGAGCGGGGCCCCGACCCCCAGGCGGCCAUCUCCCAGGAGGAACUGAGGGAGAACAGCAUCGCAGCGCUCCGAGCCAAAGCUCAGGAGCACAGCACCAAAGUGCUGGGGACUGUGUCUGGGCCCGACAGCCUGGCCCGGGAUGCCGAGAAGCCGGAGGAGGAGGCCAUGGACGAAGACAGGCCAGCGGAGAGGCUGAGUCCGCCGCAGCUUGAGGACAUGGCUUAGGUCAAGGGCGUGCAGACACCGCAGCCCCAAGACUCUGCUCUCCUCCAGGGCUGUGGUGUGGUGCGGGAGGUGCUCUCGGGGCGCCGGCCCAGGCCCAGCCUCUGCCCUCCUCCACUCCCCCACAGACCCCUUCACCCGGUGUCUGCAGGCACAGCUCAGUUCUGGCCGUGGCUUGGACCACGCUGAGACAUCCCCGACCUAGUCUCCACCUCUCCAGCCUCCGCCUCCUCAUCCCAGCAUCCCUGCAUCAGACGCCUUCUUGCUGCCCCAGACCAGCCCUCGAGCCCCUUUCGCUCAAUCCCCUGGCACCUCUCACUGUUCACAGCCACCCUGUUCUCCGUCCUCUUGCUCUAAAGAGCCCCCUUCCUGGCUCUACACCCCUUGUGGAUUCUGCUUUUCCCAUGCCCAAAGCUGGCCACAGCUGUGACACGGACCCUCCUGCCCACUGUAGCUCCAGUGGCCCAGGCGCCCCAGUCCUCAUAAAGUCUUCUUCCACCUCAGCCUGUUCCUUCCCCCGGGCCUGGGCCUGGGCUUCUGCUGUGUGAUGAUACUGCCCUGCAGGCCCAGGCACAACCUCUGCCACCUCUGUUUUCCCAUCGGUGGGGUCCAGAUUCCAGACUAAACUUGGAAGUGUCAGCCUGGGCCCCUUAGCCACCCUCAGUCUUAUGCCCUGCCAGUGGUCACCCUCAGGAACCCUCCCCCACACCCAGCCUGCCCCACCGGUUCCUCCCAGGUGAGAGUUGACAACACAGCAUGUGGUGAUGUACAAUACUUGUAGUGAGUCCAAGUCCUGUGCCCUGCAGUGAGGGGGCACCUCUCUAAGAUGCCACGGUCACUGCCUGUGGUGGCAUCCAAACCCCCUGCUAGGGCCCUGUGUUCUGCAGCAUCCUGACUCUCAAUAUGCUACCUAUAAACCUGACUUGCCGUGAAGGCCCUCUUCUCCCAGAGCCCCUUGCCAACUUCUGAUUUGCAUGUGCCCUGCCUUGGAGCAACCCAGUCCAGCUGUUAAAUGACACCUGGGAAGCCACAGUCCUCAACUUGAUCCAGAGAGGUCAAGCCUGGGGUGGGCCAGGGGCUGUACACAUCUGUUGAGGGCUGGCCACAAGAAGAGUGGGGAAGGGCAGCAGGGGGGGAGGCUACCGUUAAGCCCACACUAAGCUGCAAGCACACACACUUCAUGCUAGGUGUGUGCCAGGAAGCAGGUCCCCUAGAAUAAGACAGACACAGUAACCACGAUGGGCUAAGAGCCAGGGAACUUCUUUCUGCCUGCUGGUGGGUGGGCCUGUCAGUUCUGCAGCUGUCCUUUCCCUAGCCUUUGCCAUUCCCAUUAGAAAUGGGGACACAUAGCCUAGUUGAGCCUGGGGCACCCGGAUUCCCAGGUCAGGCACACGAUUCCCCCACCCCUGUGACAUUUCCUUCUACCCUCCCACCCACCUUUGCAGGGAAUACCUCGCCAGAGAAAGGCCUGAGACAGUGAGCUGCGAUUUUAAUUCUGUAUCAAAAGUUGAUUUCUUCUUCAUUCCAUUCAUGAAACUCCCUAGUUCUUCUUGUCUUUGUUCUCUGUUGUUUGAAGUGUUAGACUAGCCCCUGGUGUGUAAAUAAUGUACAUAGAGUAAGAAAGAAACUUGAUAUCGAGGUGUUUGAAAUAUGGAACUGUAAUAACUUCUAGGUAUCUAAACCUGUGAUUUCUGUGCCAUUUUCUGUAAAGAUACAAGUAAGAAUAAAAUUGACGCAAAAU